CAAUCAUUUAUUUUGGCGCAGGCGUGCUGAGGCCACACAAACAGCUCCACUCCAAGUCGGGUUGCAGUGUUACAAACUCUCUAUUCAAACCGGUUCAAACACAUGAAACCCGCAACGAUUACUGAAAAACACACAGCCAACACAAGGAUCAAGCUCCAUCAUGGUGCACAGAGUAGCAGUGAUCGGGGCGGGCCCAUGUGGUCUGACCAGCAUGAAGGCUUGUCUGGAUGAAGGCUUGGUGCCAACCUGCUUUGAAAGCAGCGAUGACAUGGGCGGACUGUGGAAGUUCAAGGAAGUGUCGGAGCCCAACAGAGCCAGCAUCUACCGUUCCCUCACCAUCAACAUCUGGAAGGAGAUGAUGUGCUACAGUGACUUCCCCAUCCCUGCUGAUUACCCCAACUAUAUGCACCACUCUAAAAUCAUGCAAUACUUCAGGAUGUAUGCAGAACACUUCAAACUGCUGCAACAUAUUCACUUCCAGACCUCAGUGAAGAGUGUCAGACAGAGACCAGACUUUUCACGUACUGGUCAGUGGGAUGUGGUGACCGUGAGUAGAGAUGGACAGGAGGAGAGGCAUGUCUUUGAUGCAGUUAUCUGCUGCUCGGGUCACUUCAAUUACCCUAACCUGCCACUCAAAGACUUCCCAGGAAUUGAGACAUUUGAAGGAAAAUACUUCCACAGCUGGGACUACAAGGGGCCUGAAGACAUGUACAGGAAGAGAGUGGUGGUCAUCGGCAUCGGUAACUCAGGAGGCGACAUCGCUGUGGAGGGCAGCAGAGUUGCAGAGCAGGUGUAUCUGAGCACUCGUAGUGGUGCCUGGGUCAUCCGUCAGGUUUCUGACAACGGCCUGCCAGUGGACAUGUUCAACACACGCUUUGUCCACAUCCUGUUCAAACUGCUGCCGAUGCGUUUUCUAAACUGGCUUGGCGAGAAAAAACUCAACUCCAUGUAUGAUCAUGCCAUGUAUGGCCUCAAACCCAAACACAGACUCUUCAGUCAGAUCCCAGUGAUCAAUGAUGACCUGCCUUUCAAGAUUCUGUCUGGGUCAGUCAUUGUCAAACCAAACAUCAAGGAGAUUCGUGGAUCUACAGUGGUGUUUGAUGAUGGCAGCCUUGUGGAAAACGUGGAUAUGAUCGUGUUUGCCACAGGAUACAACUAUGAUUUUCCUUACUUGCCGAGCAAUGCCGUGUACAAGUCUGGGCACCGUAUUGGUCUGUACAAGCACGUUUUACCUCCCAACUUGGAGCAUCCCACUCUGGCUAUUGUGGGUUUUAUCCAUUCUGAUGGAGCCAUUAUGCCUCAGGCUGAGAUGCAGGCCCGCUGGGUCACACAUGUCUUCAAAGGACAUAAAAAGCUACCCUCAAACCAGGCCAUGAUAAAGGCUGUUGAGAAAGACACCAAGGAAAUCAACAAAAACUACGUUGUGUCAAAGUUGACACCCCUGCAGGUGGACUUUGUUGCCUACAUGGACGACUUAGCUGGGGACAUUGGAGUCCGGCCAAACCUCCUCUGGCUCUUUUUCACAGACUACCCACUGUUUAAGAGACUUCUUUGGGGACCUGUCACAUCCUUUCAGUACCGCUUGAUUGGAUCAGGGAAAUGGGAGGGAGCCCGCAGGGCAAUAUUCACCCAGUUUGACCGCAUGUACCAGCCCCUAAAAACCAGACAGCUGGAUGCACAACAGGCUUCGAUCACUGGUCGCCUGAUUAAGCUGAGCCUAACCAUCAUGGCCGGAGGAGCUGCGGUCUACUACGUCCAUGUUCGCAGCCCAACCACCAUCCCCAGCCUCCUGUCCAAGCUCCGUCCACAAGCAGUCUAAAAAUGCUGCACAAGCUGAAGCAGGAAUCCAAUGUCUAAUCUUCUAACCCUGUCCAUAUUUACAGUGUCCACAUCACUUGGGAAAUAUCGCUGAAGCAGGAGAUAUCAACAGAGAAGACCAGAUAUCUGUCACUGUAUUUUUCUUUGAGUCAAACAAGUCUUUGUCUGGUUUAUUGAUCUCUUUUGGUUUUGAUUACGGGGUAGCUUAUGCUAUAACACAACAACAAUCUUAUCACAACUGUAUGCCACCUCUAAAGAAGAAGUCAUUGAUGCCAUAUUUGCGACUGUUGUGUAAGCACUCCUUAUACACCUUGUGAUUACAAACCGUAACCCAUUUUGCAUUAACAUACUGCACUGUUGACACUACCGCCAACUUGACCGGUUUUUAGUGAAGCAUCAAGCAUCACCUGCUAAAUGUUGUGUACUGUUUUGUCAUGUUACAGCACUCUAACGAGAUUGAUAGUAAUGUACUGGCAACAUUGUCACUAUUAAGAUAGUGUGAUGACCUGUUUCUUACCUAUGUUUUUUCUCUGUCUGAAGUGAGAAGAAGAAGUUACCGUUUACCAAAUUACAAAAAUGUGUCCUAUUUUCAGUUAACAGUAGCCAUGUUGUGUCACUGAUCAUCUGAUUAAAAGAUGUUCAUAGGCUGUAUUAAAAACACACAAUGCUUACACAGUAUGUGCAUCAUAGGAGUUACUGAGCAUUAUAUUCAAUUCCCCUUUCGAUAUUGGCUGUGCAUUGAUCCAUGUGAUUCUAAGGUAAGAGAUGGGGGACAAAAUUCACAAUUGUUUUGUGCAAAAAUGCAGUAUUUUGUUCAGCUGGAGCUUCAACAGUCUGAGAUUGAAAUAUUUGAAAGUAUCCAAAUCAUAUUAAGUAUUUUGCAACUAUGACCUUUUAAACUUUGUUACCAACUCUUUAUAUAUAGUAUAAAGUUACUAUCACUGUGGCUCAGCAAAAACAGAGUCAAAUGUGACACAUUUCAUACAAAAAUAAACUAUGCCCUUUAAGCAGUAUAUGAAUGUCCCUGUGUAUAGUGAAAUUCAUUAAGUCCCAUAUUAAUGUGUGUAUCUGUAUGGUAGUGGUUAAUAGUGGCUAAUGCUAAGUGUCAGUUUCCUUUGCCCAAGCUUAACUGUGCAGAAAGUUGAUCCUGUUGGCUGCUUCUUUCUACUAAGUGGAACAGCGAAACUGAUGCUUUUUUCAGGAGUCGGACUUUCACAAUAACCACCUGAGAGCCUUUUGAAAUGUGAUGCUGUUCAAGACACGUUCAUUCCAAUCUGAUUUAUGUUGGUGAGGAGUGGCGAGACGGCUAGCUGAGUAGACGCUCUACAUCUUUCUGGAGCAAACUGUCUUCAGGCAGAUAACCACAUUUUUUCUAAAUAAAGUUUGACAAAUCUGUCAA